AUGGCCUCGACUACUACCACCACCAAGCCCAAGCUUCCCCAGCUCGAGACUCCUCUUACUUCGACCUUCCCCUCGGAGCUCUCUGCUACUUCUCUCUCAGCAAGAAGCCCAUUGCCUGGCUAUGCCGAUUUUAUCAAGCAAGAGGAGUACAUCAAGACACCCAUCACUCCACCAUCUGCAUAUACCGACUUCCUCAAAAGUAUGAACAGCCCCGCGCUGGACAGUAAAUCUUCAGGUCGUUCGACUCCAAGCUCGACUCCAACCUCGGCGCCUUCAACUGGAACUAGUGAUCACAGUGAUUGCUCUUGCAAUUGCGAAACACAUAAAUCACCCACCUCCACUACAUCAAAUAAUUUUGUCUUUCCCUCCUCGGCACCAUCCACCGGUCGAUUAGGGCGCUUACGCAUUCCUCCGUCCCCAGCCUACUCCACUGUUGAAUCACCACGGAGCGCAGCCUCGAAUGUCAGGUCACCAUUUAGUGCGAGAAGUGCACGAUCACCAUACGAUUGGGAUUUGAAGACCAAGGGAAGAUAUUUUGAUGUCAAAUCACCCAAGACUUGCCGCUCAAGUGUCCGUCAGGUACGAGAGAUUGUUACCAGAACUGUCACAUAUACCCCACGGAUGAGCCCAGCACCAAAGGGAAAGAGGAGGAAGAUUGAAUAG